UGUUUUAGACGCAACUGUCCUCAGCAAACUACCGCCACUAAACGUCGAAGGCUGAACGUCGACAGGAGUAUUAUUGAUAUUUCUUACACGUCCACAACCUCUGGACAAAGCAGGACUGGGGACAAAGUGGCAACUUAAGUUAAGUUGAGUUAAGUUUUUGGACACUAAGUUACUCUUUCACCCAGUUUCUUGUUUUUCCGUCCCCGGGAAAGAGCUGGAGGAAGGAAGGAUGGAAAUAAGUCAGAUUUGAAGCGAGGGAGUUGUCAUGUUUGAAAGCGCUGAGGGCUGAGGGAAAGGGAGGAACUUCUUCUGCUGUGUGUGUGUCCCAAAAAGACGACUGUCUCAUGUCCAAGGAGACCGUCCUUCCUCCGGAUGGGCCGGCAGGGCCAGGGAAGGGCCCCCAGCAAGAGACAAAUCCCCUGCUGUCAGCUUCGCAAGAUGCUUGUGACAGUGAAUCAUCAGGAAGAACACCGUCUCCCAGGAAACCAGCCACUGAAGGACAAAGUCACGUGACAGACGAGAAGCCUAAUUAUUGCGAGCCUGUAAGAACUCAACCUCAGUCUGAGUCUCAGCCAGUGCCCUCGGAGCCUGCUGAGGGAGACGCUGCCAAGGACCAAAAUGGCUUUCGCCACAACAGCACUGGCACGCCCACGCUGAGUAAUGGCAGCGGAAUCCACCCUGGCAUCGGCGGGGCCGGGGCCACGCGCAUAUGCUCCUGCGGUGCCAACAUCAGCACAGGCACCGUGGGUGGGACAGGCCCUGGCACAAGAGCAGCAGCGACCGCGCCGACUACAGAACAGCCCAGGAAGCAGCCUUCCACACCUGUGUCGCAGAGGAUGCAGAAGAAAUUAAGGUCCAGCUUGUCAGUCAACAGUGACAGCAGCAGACGCAGCAAAGGCAGUUCCACCGGGUCGCAGAAACCUCCUUUACCAGAGGACUGCUGCGUCCACUGCAUCUUGGCCUGCCUGUUCUGUGAGUUCCUGACUCUUUGCAACAUGGUGGUGGCGCAGGCCUCGUGCGGCGCAUGCACAUCAGAGGCUUGCUGCUGCUGCUGUUGCACCGACGACCUGGGCGAUGACUGCAACUGCCCCUGUGACAUGGACUGUGGCAUCAUGGACGCCUGCUGCGAGUCCUCGGACUGCCUGGAAAUCUGUAUGGAGUGCUGCGGCAUCUGCUUCCCUACAUAGGGAGGCCGGUGACGGUGUGGACCAGGGUGUCUCUGUGGGGGAAAACUGGACCCCAGAGGAAAAAACAGAAGGACGCUGCUGCUGCUGUCACUUAGAUUUCAGCAACAGAAAGAGGGAACAAGUGUAUGAAUGUGGGUAUGUGUGUGUGUGUGUGAGUGUGUGUGAGUGCAUGUGUGUGUGUGAUGGUCAGCGUAUGUGUUUGUGGAUGUCCUUUUAUUUGUGAUGUAUGAUGACUGAGUGUGUGGAACAGUAUGGUGUGGUUGAGUAAAGCAUGCUUUGACAGAUGUAUUUUGACACUGGGCUUCUCCAUCAAAACCAGCUCAGCAGGGGCUAGAAGUAACUCCAGAUAUAUGAACAUGUCAGUUAAAUAUUUAGUUUAUAGUAAGUUGUUUCUGUUAAGUAUUCUAUCCUUUGUGGAAAAAUAAGUAUUAUUACAUACUGCCUUUGAAGAUUUUAUUGUUACAUCAGGAAUGCUGUCUAAUUGUAUCUUAUCUUGCCUUUUUUUGGGUCAUUUUGGUGACGGACAUGUUGCGUACACUAAACAAAAUGAUAACAUUUACUCUGUUUUCAUUUUCAAUACUUCUGUUUUUUUUUUUUUUUAUUUGAUGCUCAGAAACUGAGGUUGCAGUCUUAAUACUGUACAACACUGUAAAAGGUUUAUGUGACAGUUCACACAUUCUUAGUUGCAUACUGUAACGCAAACUUUCUUUUACACAUCGUCUACUGUAGCACUGUAGAACAGUUGAAACUGGUGAAAUAUCAAAGGUGAAUCAGGACAUUUUAUCAUCAGCUACUUUCUGACACUAAGGCUAAAGAAUGUUUUUGGGACAAAAUGCUUAUACUUUUCUAUUUCAAGCAUUUUUUAAAAAAAACUGAAAUGACAUAUUAGUGUUAAACUGCACAAAAUAGCUGAUCGCUAAAUCUUACAAAGUACUGGAAUGUCUAUGAAAACAUUUUUCUGCUUAAGAAUCUCAUCUCGUACCUCCUGAUUUGGCAGUACUUGUAGUCUUGGGUCUACUGGAAACACAGCGCAGUUACAUUGUAACACAAAAGGUUGUGACCGGUUCACUGCACAGUUUUCUGCAGUGUUAAGAUAAACAAUGUCUACAGCUUAUGUCGUAAUUUCUUUGAAAGCCCUCCUCUAAUGUUAGACAGUAAUGAUUAGGCUUUGUCAGCUGCAUAUGGUACAAGUGUUUGCUGUGAUGCUAUUUUAUAUACAUACUGUAUAAGUAUGACUUGUUGAACUGCACUCUGUUCAUGAGGGGUGUGAUAAGGAAUUAAAAAAUGGUGACCCUGGUUGCUAUAUAAGCGGCUUUCGGGUAUCAAGCCCAGUGACUCACAAUACAAAAAAGGAAUCAUGAACUGUCAUGUUGAAAUGGUAAACUAAUGCAGGGUAAAGGCAGUUUUCUUCUCCUUUUUUUCCCCCCCUGUUCCUUAAUUCUGUGUGUUUCGAGAUGAGGUUGUGGUGAAUCACCAGUGGAGUCAUUUUCUUGUCUUGGAGAUACGCUUUGAUGUUGUUUAAGUGAUGAAACUUAAUGCUGGCCCUCAUUAGCACUGCUUGAUAAAUGGUAACAAAAAAUGUCCCUUCGUAAUGCCAACAAAGAUAAUGUGCUGUCAUGUACAGCUCAUCUUAAUGGGGCACUGUUGUUGCGUAUAAGGAGGUUGGAUGGGCACCUCUGCAGCAGAGAAUGUGCAGAUAGUAAACCUCAUUUUCAUGUUUAUGACCAACUCAAGCCACAAGUUUCUUAUGGCCUAAAGAGUGUCAAGACAACACUAUAUAGAUAAUGUGAAGAAUUUAUCAAAAAGACAACGUGUAUACAUGUAGCUACAGUAGUUGUCCUCCUAUACUAUACUGUUAUGUUUUUUUUUUUUUUUAUUCCGUGCCUUACACUUGAUCCUUCUCAUUUUCAUCUUGAUACAUAAUUUCUUAACUUGGAAUUCACAAGUCAUUUUAUUAGUUUUGUACCUUAUCUUCAAUCUCAAAGA